ACGCCCCUCACCAACAUGGCCGCCCCAAGCAGUCGGCGGGCCUGCGGGGCGGAAGUGACGCACGAACCGGAAGUCCGUCUGAUGCCGGCGCCCAGCGUAGCCGCGGUGGCGGGGUGGGAGAGGGGGAUGCGGCGGGCGCGGCGGCUGGGGGCUGCGGCCGUGUUGCGGCUGCUGCUGGUGGCCCACGUGGCGGCGGCGUUCGAUCCCGUCAGCGUGGGCCUCGUCAUCGGGGCGGCGUCGGCGCUCACCGGCUACCUGUCCUACACGGACCUGUACUGCCGCUUCGCCGAGUGCUGCCGCGAGGAGCAGCCGCUCAACGCGUCGGCCCUCAAGCUAGAUUUGGAGGAGAAGCUGUUUGGGCAACAUCUGGCCACAGAGGUGAUUCUCAAGGCUCUGACUGGCUUCAAGAACAACAAAAAUCCCAAGAAACCGCUGACUCUUUCCUUACACGGCUGGGCUGGCACGGGAAAGAAUUUUGUCAGCCAGAUUGUGGCUGAAAAUCUUCACUCGAAAGGCCUGAAGAGUAAAUUUGUCCACCUGUUUGUGUCGACUCUGCACUUCCCUCACGAGCAGCAGAUAAAAUUGUACCAGGACCAGUUACAGAAGUGGAUUCGGGGUAACGUGAGUGCGUGUGCGAGCUCCCUGUUCAUAUUUGACGAGAUGGAUAAAUUGCACCCCGGGGUCAUCGACGCCAUCAAGCCAUUCCUGGACUACUACGAGCAGGUGGAUGGCGUGUCUUACCGGAAGGCCAUCUUCAUCUUUCUCAGCAACGCAGGUGGGGACCUCAUCACGAAGACAGCCCUUGACUUUUGGCGAGCGGGAAGAAAGAGGGAGGACAUUGAGCUGAAGGACCUGGAGCACGUGCUGUCCGUGGGAGUCUUCAAUAAUAAGCACAGUGGCCUGUGGCACAGCAGCCUGAUCGACAGAAACCUCAUCGAUUACUUUAUCCCCUUCCUGCCCCUGGAGUACAGACACGUGAAGAUGUGCGUGAGGGCAGAGCUGAGGGCCCGCGGUUCUGCCAUCGAUGAAGACAUUGUCACCAUGGUGGCAGAGGAAAUGACGUUUUUCCCCAAAGACGAGAAAAUCUACUCAGACAAGGGCUGCAAGACAGUGCAGUCACGGCUGGAUUUUCAUGAAGCUCCUAACGGUGCAGGGUAGGAGACCGCUGCAAGCUCAGCAGGCUAGUGGCCUCGCCUUUCGGAAGCACUUUGACGCCCCCUUCGGGGUUUGCACAUUUGCACCUGUGGACUUUUGGGAUCUAGAAGUUUCUAAGAGUUGAUUUUUGGAGAGAGGCUAAUUUAUCGAGUGUACUUGUCAUUUUGCAAGGUGACAGCAAUCCACCUGUUAACUGUGGUUGAAGAUGAACGUCGAACAUCCCCCCCCACGCUUACUGACCUCGAGGGAAUGGCCUUGGACACCGCCGUGCGGUGAGCCUGGGACUGUUUCUGACCCCUGGGCACCCUCAGGAGCUGCGGUUAUAAUCGCAGGAGUCCGAGGGCCCUGCUGGUCUGUGGGGCAUCAGGUUUUCACCUGCUGGAAGCAGUCAUCUGCUCUCUUUCUUUACACAGCGUUCCCUGAGUUGAAGUAUUUUCAGUUAAAAUCGGUACCGUCAGGCGCAGCGUCCAGUGGGGACGUGGGCCUGCACAGCGAGCGCUCUGACCCGUCAGCUGUCUGCGUGGGCGGGGAGCUCAUCCGAGGCCUCGCAGGAGACCAGCGCACACAGCAGCUGUCUGUCUGUCCGUCUCUCUGGCCGCUGAUGACAGCCCUGGUCGUGGAACUCCUUCGCCCGUCUCUCGCUUGGUGUCGAUCCAGCCUUCCUUGAUCCACUUCUGCUCCUGAACUUCCGUCACCACUAGAUUGCCCCCACCCGCAACAUCACUAGAGUGGAGUCAGAAUGGGACCGUUGGCUUUGCGUUUGAGUCCUUGGUGCCCAUGGUGAAAUGUUUGUCUGCUACAGUUUGUAGGCGAGCCCGCCUCCCACUUUACUCCCGAGACCGUGUGAAAUCCACGGCACGUGGCCAUUCUCCGCGGGCGACGCUGCCCACGCUGAGGGGUCAGCUUGCAGUUCUGCAUUGCCAAGGAGGUGGAAGUGUGGCACGCUAGAAAUGCUGGUGCUUUCAAGGAUAUGUGUAUUUUUUAUAAUGUUUUUACUUCUGAAUCUUAAAGAAUAGAAAAUACAGGCUGUUGUUUAUUUUAAAAUAUGAGAGGGACACAGAAUGGAAUAAUUCCUAUUCCUUUAUCAGGUAUUCUUAAAACAAAUGGUCUGAAUUUUUAUAGUUAAAUGCGUGGUAAGAUAUGGUCACAACUGUACAUCCAGCGAGGUCAGUCUGAAGUUGUGGCUGGUCCUGGAUGUCAUCUGAUAAUGACACCCUACAUGGCAGUGCCAGCCUGGUCUCCCCUGGUCAUUGGGAAAUCAGACUUAGAUUCCAGCCAGGGUGAAUGGUUCUGUGUCUAUCCCGUAGUCGCAGUGCAGACUGCAGACGUGUAAUGAGAACGAUGGGCAGCCUUUUUGUACGGUUGUGCACCGCUGAAUGACAUCACCGUCGAUGGCUGACCGCAUAUGUGAUGGUGGUCCCCUAAGAUUCGUACCAUACAGCCUAGGUAUGUAGUAGGCUAUACCAUCUAGGUUUAUGUAAGUUACCCUACGAUGUUUGCACAACGACGAAAUUGCUCAGAACACGUCCCCGUCAUUAAGUGAGGCAUGACUGUAUGAGAUGUGGUAAAUGUUUUUACGAUGUGGGAGUGCCUUAUAAGAGGAGCACACUUAGUCUUUUAAAAAUGCCACAGUGAGGCUUCAGAUUUUUAGUACAUAUCCUCAAGUUGGAGCUAAGUUAUAUUUCUUUUAUAACGUUUUGGGUGGCUGAUCAGGAGACAGGAUUCUGUUUACGAUGCAAUAAACUCAACGUGUUGGCUACCUUUGGACCUCGGUACUAAUUUGAAACUUGAAAUGGCCACGGUUGACCACGGCCCAGCCUCCCCCACCCCAUGGAAGAUGUAGACGAAAGCUUAUGUGGACCUACUGAAUAUAAAAUAAUAAAGCCUAAAUUUUAUCGUGUGA